AUGAGGAAGACGAGGCUGAUCAUGUUGACGACGAUCCGACUUUCGGCGAAGGAGAAAGAGCGAAUCAGGGAGCCUUGGCGGCAGACACUCAUCAUCAAAGUGAUGGGGCGUAGGGUGGGUUAUGCUUACCUAUUGAGAUGGCUGAUUUCGAUGUGGCGACCAAAAGGCAGAAUGGAGCUCAUUGCUUUGGAUAAUGACUAUUUCUUGGUUAAGUUCGGGACGCGAGAGGAUCUGGAGUUUGCUAAAUAUGAGGGCCCCUGGAUUAUACUCGACCAUUACCUUAUAGUGAAGGAGUGGGUGCCCAAUUUUGACCCUUUCACGGCGACAACGGAGAAGGUUUUGGUUUGGGUUCGUUUCCCUACUCUCCCAGUUGAGUAUUAUAACCUUCUGUGCUUGAGGAAGGUUGGGAACAAACUAGGACGCAUCAUACGUGUGGAUCACACCACGAGUUUGGUUUCGAAGGGGAAGUUUGCGAGGGUGUGCGUCGAAGUUGACAUCACUAAGCCCCUCAUCUCGCGGUUUACUUUGGAAGAGAAGGUCUGGCCUGUUGCGUAUGAAGGAAUUCAUCUGGUUUUUUUUCGUGCGGGUUAUAUGGCCAUCGCCAAGAUUCAUGCCCCACGUGCCCAAAGCCGAAUGCGAUGGAGGAUGUAG